CCUCGGCGCUUUUGCCGUGUGUGAUGCACUCGCCUUUGGCGUCGGGCUUCAACAAGAGCGAGGGGCAGAGCGAAAUUUGAGACGAGGCUGUACUUAGAGACCGGAAAGAUUGGAUGCUUUGGCGCCCCGCUGAUAAGCCGGCAAGGGCAGACGGCCAGGAAGAUGGGCCAAAGCGCACACUUGCUCUGACGACGACGACGUCGGUCAUUGCCGGUCCCUGCCUGUCCUGGGCAUGAACUACCAUCACCUGUCGACGUUGCCGUCUCCACGAAAGCGCCGUCGGGGUUUCUUUGGACCCUUUGGCUGAAGCCCCCGCGUCGAAGAAGUUCCUGGAGCCAGUAAAAAGAAGGCUUCGGUCGGGUUUCUCUAUUUUCCCCCGCGUAGCGUUUGGGCAGGUUUCGCAGCAGAGAUACGGCAAUCUCUCUUCUUCUCAGCCGCUUUCCUCCUUGAUCACCACAACCACCGCUACGCCGUACGGGAGAGAGACACAAAGAAGCCAUGUCGAUGACAUACGAUGCCAACGCGCCGGCUAUUGAGCCGAGGCCAAACCCGCCGCUGUCGGACAGCAUCAUGGAGAUGUUCUCGCUCAAGGGCCGCGUCGCCAUCGUCUGCGGCAGCGCCUCGGGCAUUGGCCUGGCCGUGUGCGAGGCCUUUGCAGAGGCUGGCGCCGACGUGGCCAUGUGGUACAACUCUAACGACGCCGCCAUUGCGCGCGCCGCCGAACUGGCCAAGCGCUACGGCGUGCGUGCAAAGGCCUACAAGGUCGGCGUCACUGCGUAUGAGCCGGUGCACAAGGCUGUGGCCGACGUCGUGGCUGACUUUGGCAAGCUCGACAUCUUCGUCGCCAAUGCUGGUGCAGGCAUGCCCGGCGGCAUCCUCGAGCAGUCCGUCGACGACUGGCACAAGAUCGUCAACAUCAACUACCACGGCGUCUUCUACUGCGCAAAGGCGGCCGGCGAGGUGUUCAAGAAGCAAGGCAAGGGCAACCUGAUCAUCACGUCGAGCAUGAGCGCCCACAUCGUGAACGUGCCUGUGGACCAACCAUGCUACAACAGCACAAAGGCUGCCGUCACGCACCUGGGCAAGUCGCUCGCGCGCGAGUGGCGCGAAUUUGCCCGUGUCAACAUCGUCUCGCCUGGUUUUGUCAAGACGGACAUGGGUGCUGCACCCCAGGUCCUCUCUGAGGCCUAUCGCAUGAGCGUCAUGGGGAGGCAGGCCGACCCGAGGGAGCUCAAGGGCGCCUAUCUCUACCUUGCCUCCGAUGCGUCGACAUACGCGACGGGCACGGACCUGAUCAUCGACGGAGGCUACUCUCUCCCUUAGCUUCCUUGCCCGCACCUUAAGCACCACGCUUAUUCACUGCACUGCGAUGCUCUCCAUAUAGAUGCUGAGAACGUGAAACGAAGCCGAUAGCAAAUCUUAUUACAAAUUGUCUUGGCC